GUCACGUAACCUUGUCACACGCGAAGGAAGAUCGAAUCAAAACUGCCCGGAACAGGAGCUCUUUCGACAAGUCUAAAGUGAUAUAUUACUUUUUCGAAAUAUUGCCUCUCAGGAUUAGGAGACGAGUAAAACUUCCUCAUUUUUCAAAUCACCUCAUCCGUCAUAGCCGCAUGUUCUUUCCGGCUGAACUUCCUGCGUCUAGUUUCAAGCGGGCUUUCAAGUAACCUGGCCUUUGAACAACAAAAAUGGCGGAUUCUGCACCUCCAGCAUACGACGAUGUUGUUUCUUCCGAACAGCCUGGCUCGUUCAGUAGUUCUGUGCCAGCAACACAGGUGGAACUACAUGUUUCUUGCAGGAAUAUUGCUGAUAUGGACGUCUUCUCAAAGUCAGACCCAAUGGUUGUGAUGUACACUCAAGGAAUGGGAAGUAAGGAGUGGAGAGAGUUUGGGAGAACAGAGCACAUAAUGAAUACACUAAAUCCAGACUUCGUGAAGACAUUUACCAUCCACUACUUCUUUGAGGAAAUGCAAAAGUUGCGGUUCGAAGUGUAUGAUAUAGAUAAAAAUUCUGCCAAGUUAUCAGACCAUGAUUUCAUAGGAGCAGUUGAGUGUACACUGGGUUCAAUUGUUGGAGAAUUUGGUGGAAGGCUUCAAAAACCAUUAGUUAAUCCAAAAGUAAAAAAACCUGGGACAAUUAUUGUGACUGCGGAGGAGCUUAGUGACUGCAAAGAUGUUGUAACACUUCAGUUUAAAGGACAGAAGCUGGACAAGAAAGACUUCUUUGGAAAGUCUGAUCCUUUCCUAGUAUUUUACAGAUGUAAUGAGGAUAAUAGCUAUACUGCAGUUCACAGGACAGAGGUAAUUAAGAACACACUGAAUCCAACAUGGAAGGCAUUUACUAUCCAUGCAAGAGCACUUUGCAAUGGAGAUUACGAUAGGUCCAUCAGAGUGGAAUGUUAUGACUGGGACAGGGAUGGAGGACAUGAUCUGAUUGGAAUAUUUUCCUCAACCAUCAAUGAACUGAAUGGAACUCCAGGACUCACUUUUGAGGCCAUAAAUCCAAAGAAACAAGCAAAAAAGAAAGGUUACAAGAAUUCAGGCAUGAUUAUGUUAAUGCAGUGCAAACUAGAACAACAGCCUUCAUUCUUGGAUUACAUCAGAGGAGGAACUCAGAUAAGUUUCACUGUAGCCAUUGACUUCACAGCAUCAAAUGGUGAUCCACGGAAUGCCAGCUCCCUGCACUACAUAAAUCCCUAUGAACAAAAUCAGUAUGUCAAGGCACUGACAGCUGUUGGUAGAAUCUGCCAAGACUAUGACACAGAUAAACUGUUUCCAGCCUUUGGUUUUGGAGCUCGCCUUCCUCCAACCUGGAAAAUUUCCCAUGAGUUUCCUCUGAAUGGUAAUCUCCAAAAUCCAAUGUGUGAAGGAAUAGAUGGAGUCCUAUCUGCAUAUUACCACAGUAUACAGCAAGUACAACUCUAUGGUCCUACCAACUUUGCACCAAUAAUAAAUCAAAUUGCCAGAAUAGCAAGUGCAGCACAAAGGCAAAAACCUGGAGAGGAAUAUUUUGUACUACUGAUGUUGACUGAUGGAAUUAUUUCAGACAUGGCUCAGACAAAAGAAGCCAUCGUGAAUGCAGCUUCUCUGCCUAUUUCCAUUAUUAUUGUGGGUGUUGGAGCAGCAGAAUUUGAUGCCAUGGAAGAGCUUGAUGGUGAUACAGUUCGUCUUUCAUCGCGUGGGAGAUCAGCAGAGAGGGACAUUGUGCAGUUUGUCCCUUUUCGUGACUACAUUGGACAGGCUGGGAAUGUCAUAAGUGGGGCACGAUUGGCCAAAGACGUGCUAGAAGAGCUUCCAGAUCAGUUUAUUGAUUACAUGAAAAAACGAAACUUCAGACCCAAACCUCCACGAUACAACAUUUCUACCUUGACAGAAGUUUAAGGGGGUUACUGGGAAGAGGCGACUGGUUUUGCUGUGAAACUGGUGCUAAUAUACAUAACAAAAUACUUAAUGUUUUACUAGUAACAAGACAUGUGUGCUUCUGCAAAAGAGAGCAAAUAAGUAUUAUUCCAUAUUGGUUAUAGACCACAUGUAGAAUGAGUAAGAAAAGGUGGCAGACUAUACUGCACAAAGGGAUAAAGAGAAAGGCACAUUUUUAAGUUUUUGUAUGUAUUUGUACCAAUUCAUUUGAAAAUUUCUUCCAUUUUUGAGUAAUUUUCAUCUGUUUAAACUUGGUUUUGACCAUGCUAAAUUUCAUUUCCCUUUGGAUUUCUGUUUUUGUUUUUUUGGCCAGAACAAAUGGUCAGCAGUGAAGCAUUUUCCAAAUGCUUGCAACUGUUCAGUCUGACUAGAUUCAGACUGCCAUUCUUGUGGGAACCCCCCCUUAGCAUUAUUUUAGUUGUGUCCACUGUUUUACUCAGUCAAUAAAUGUAAGUUUAGAUUUAAAGGUAUUCAUGGCAUUACCACUAAACAAAGAUAGUUAAUAUUUUAUUAAAAUAUUUAACAUUCCAUUCAUAUAUACAACUCUGUAAAUAAAUAUUUAGUGCAUCAAUUUACAAUUAAACUUACAAUCCUAUUGUAGGUGUUAUAAGUGCAAAAGUAAAAUUAAAUUCAAGGUAAUGGGGGCCACUGUCAGUCAGUAGAACGCAAAUGCCUUUUCUUUUUUAAUGAAAAGCUGCAGGUAAUUUCAUAACUUGUGCUGUACAUUGUAGCAGCUGCAAAGUGUUAUUUUAAAAGUGCACCUUUGACUUUCUAUCUACCAAAAUCUUUAAGACUCAGUGGUUGAAAGGUAACUUGCAGGUCUAAGCAAUAAUUUAUUAUAACUGCCUAAGCGACCACAACAAACUUGCUCUUGUUUCACUAUAACAUAAAUAAGAGAUAAACUUAACUAUGCCUCAUAGCUUUCCAGUUCAUUUUGUAAUCUGAAUUUAUGCACAAGGAUUAAAUUGCUGACAGGUGUAUUUUUAUUGUUUGUUAGGCAGAACAGUUACAAAGAUAAGGGGGUAGUGUAAGAGAGAAACUUGAUACCAUAAUUUGUCCCAAGGUAAAAGUAAGCCUCUAACAAUAUGGAUUUGAAGUAUAGUCAGAAAAUAGUGUACCUUUGGUAUUUAAAAUAGAUUUUAGUACCUGUCUUCUAAUUAACCACCAAUUUAAAAAAUUUGUAUAAUCUUAGAGGGAAAAACUAAGUAGACUGUACAGUUCUUUGUGGUAAAAAAAUAAAGCUUGCAAUUCUAGGAAUUACAAGCUUAAUCAAUCAUCUCAUUUUCAAUAAUAAAUGCAACUUUUAAUGACCUUCCAUGGAAGGUCUGGAAGUGUUCAAUGUUUUUUCA